AUGUCUGGAAACACUAGAACACUCGAAUUCGAGUACUCAGAUCUCACAAAGCCAUACCAGCUAAUGCUUAUGUUCGAACCUAUGGCCGAAGGGAAACUAUACACCGAGAUGUUUCCUAUCUGCUGGAAGGUUCUUAGGCUGAGCAAAGAAAAUUCUGGAGUAGCUAAGGUCGUGUAUACAUCUCAAACUGGGCUCAUGGUUCCACAGACCGAUUGUGGAAACAUGAUUUGCGCUGGUAAUGCGCGCCCAUGCGAGACGGGACAAAUUUGUACUUUAAAAACCGACAACGAUGGAGACAACUAUCUUGAGCAAGCGACAGCCGGCGCUGAGGGAAUAAUCCAGUGCAAGGUCGAAAGUUCAUUCCCUGCCACCGUUGCCUUUGGAAUCUUUAACCAGAAAAAGACAGCGCUGGAGCCUUUGUUUACGUGGAAGGACAUACCGAAGGGAGACAGACUGUCAAUUAAGGUCACCCCGGUUCUCAAAAUCUAUGCAGUUAGCAACUACCAAGAGACCGAGGUUGUCAAAUCUGACGUAUUCAGUGAUUCCUUGUUUAAAGAGAACAUACUCACUCUUCCCAGUCUCUCAAGGUGGACUGUGUCUGUGGAUAAUAAUACCAAGGCUAUUAAAAUCACUCGUGCUGAUAAGUAG